AUGGAAAGUGGUUACACUUCAGAUAGACGUUUCCAAGAUGUUGGCCAAUAUCCACUUAGUCGUAAUAGUACACUAGGACGUGGAAAGACACUCAGCAGGCCUGAACGUCACCUACCUGUUGCUCCAUUGCUAUCUGGUAAAAAGGAGCAAGAAAAUUCUUGGGACAUUUGGGUAAUAUUCUCUAGAGUAAUAACUUUUUGGGCCCCAGGUAUAGCAUUAAGUUCUCUCGGUGGUCUUCGUGAUGCACAAUCUCAACAAGCAUGGCGUGAAAAAGUUGCAUUAUGCAUCAUAGCUGCUGUAAUGGGUGCGGUUGUGGCCUUUUUAACAGUUGGUUUCGCGACUGUAUUAUGCCCGCCGUCGCAGGAAAAUAACCCAAACCAAUAUGCGCGAUUUGGCGAAUCUCCUGGAAAUCUUGGCAUAGCGGGUUGGCAAUUUAACGUUAGUAACGCUCGUUCAGUUCCAAAUCUUAAUUUUACGAAGCUUAUGAUAGAACAAAAUGGGCAGGAUAUCACUAAUUCAUUCAAACGGAGUGAACCUCCCCAGUGUAGUCCAAAGCCAAUUCAACAGUUUACCAUUGUAAGAGAUUCAGUCUGUGUUCCAGAUAAUUGUAGCAAUAGAACUCUUGAACUCAAUGAAAUCACACUAAAAACACUUAAUGUUUUUAACACAUCGAGAAAAGUUGGUUUUGAUUGGAAUCAACUUAAUAGUCCGUUGUUGAAAAAUUAUUUGGUUGUAGAUGGGUUUGUUUUAAAUCUCGACCCAUAUAUAACGACACACCCAGCAGCAAAUCAAUCAGACCAAAUGGAUGUUAUUAUUCGUAAAGUUUUAGCUGGUACUCAUGGAAAAGAUGCGACUCGUCUUCUUUUUGGCAGGGAGAGUACAAAGGAUGUAGUCAAUUGUCUAAUUGCUAAAUAUUAUGCUGGAAACAUUGAUAAGCAAACUAUUGGAUGCUUUACUUCUCAAUUAUUUCUUUAUAUUUCACUGACUGUGAUCUUAGGAAUAGUUCUGACUAGAUUUGCUAUGGCUUGUGUGUUCAAUUGGUUCAUAUCUCAUCGUCUCGCUCUCCCACCAAAGAAUAAUAACAAUUCUAGAAGAGUAGCACCUAUGCCAAUCAGUCAACAUGGAGGUCAGAACUCCAUUAGUUACGCUAACAGUAAUGUUAAAGUCAUGAAUGAUGUCGGAAACGACUUGUUCACUGUUCUGUUAGUUACAUGUUACUCAGAAGGCGAAAUAGGUAUACGUGCAACUUGUGAAUCAAUGGCAGCUACUGAUUAUCCUGAUGAACGUAAACUAUUGUUUCUUAUCUGUGAUGGUAUCAUUACCGGAAGUGGUGAAUCUAAAAGUACUCCCGAAAUUUGUAUCGGACUUAUGGAACUUGACCCAGCCAUUAAAGAUCCUCAACCUCAAAUUUUUAAAGGUCGACGCGUUCCUAUGAUUACUGUUGUAAAAUGUGGUACUAAUGCAGAAGUUGGCAAGCCCAAACCUGGUAAUCGCGGAAAACGUGAUUCUCAAAUAAUAUUGAUGAGCUUCUUUAGCCGCGUCACCUACAAUGAGCGCAUGUGCCCGUUGGAGUACGACCUGUUCGGAAAAAUCCAUCAUUUAAUGGGUGUUACUCCAGACUUUUUUGAACUUGUGUUAAUGGUUGAUGCUGACACAAAGGUUUAUCCUGACUCCCUAAGAUUACUUGUCAAUUGCAUGUGUAAUGAUAAUCUCAUCAUGGGUCUUUGUGGUGAAACAAGAAUUGCGAAUAAACGUGGCUCAUUUACUACCGCUAUUCAGGUCUUUGAAUAUUAUAUAUCACAUCAUUUGGGUAAGGGAUUUGAAUCAGUAUUUGGUGGUGUUACCUGUCUUCCUGGAUGUUUUUGUAUGUACCGCCUCAAAACACGUAAAGGUGAGAAUGAUUGGGUACCAAUCAUUACUAAACCGGAGAUCGUUCAAGAAUAUUCUCAAAAUGCUGUUGAUACUCUUCACCAAAAGAAUUUGUUACUUCUUGGAGAGGAUCGAUUCUUAACCACUCUCAUGUUGCGUAAUUUUCCUCACCGUAAAAUGAUGUUCUGCCCACAAGCAAUCUGCAAGACUAUUGUUCCAGAUGAAUUCAGGGUCUUACUAUCUCAGCGUCGUCGUUGGAUUAAUUCAACAAUCCAUAAUCUUAUGGAACUUGUUCUUGUUCGAAAUCUUUGUGGAACUUUCUGCUUCUCAAUGCAGUUUGUUAUAUUUAUGGAACUCAUCGGAACUGUGGUCCUUCCAGUUGCUAUCUUGUUGACAUAUUCUCUGAUAGCAAAUUCUAUCUUAAACCCACCGAAGCAAUUUUCUGAUCUUAUUCCUUUGAUAAUGUUGAUAUUGAUUCUUGGAUUACCGGCCAUAACUAUUUUACUUACUACCAGAAAAUUGGUCUAUAUCGCGUGGAUGCUCAUAUAUCUUUUAGCUCUACCCAUAUGGAAUUUUAUAUUACCAACAUAUGCAUACUGGCACUUUGAUGAUUUUUCUUGGGGUGAAACACGAAAAGUAGACGGAGAAACUAAAGGAGAUGAUCAUGGUAAAAAGGAAGGUCAAUUUGAUGCAUCUAAAGUUCCUUUAAAACGAUGGGAAGACUGGGAGCGCUCACGAAUACGACGAGAACGUCGUAAUAAAGAUCGUCAACUACAGGCAGCCCCAGUACCUCCAAUACCUCCAAUGCCUUACAACAACACUCAAACUUUGACAGUUAACGAUAAUACAAGAUUGUUAAGAAAUGGGCGUGAUGACGCACAUUAUUCUGAAACGGCAUCUAAUCAUUCUGUAUCAUCAGUCGGGCAACCAGCACAAUUUUAUGAUUACAAUUUAACGCAACAGCUAAAUCCUGCGCAACCGUAUGGUUAUUAUCAACAAGAACAAUAUAAUUAUAAUAUACGAAAUGAUAGAGGGCCGUAUAGUGAUCAAUAUAACCCAGAUUAUAGACAAAAUCAGCAAGGACAAUAUUGA